UAAACCGGGUAGCUAUGCUAGCGCAGUGCGGUGUCCAAAGCUGAACCGACCAGUCUCUCUGGGGGAGUAGAGGGCAUUGAGCCGGCGCACUCAGUCACUCUUAUAUCAGUGCUCAGUCACAGUUUACCGUGCUUUCAGUCAUUGCGCCGCCGCAUCAGCUUCAAUCGUUGCUUGCCAAAUACGUUGUGGACCAGUGAUCAUCUGCAUCUAGCUGUCAACAGCUGUAAUCUCAGUUCCUUUCAGUGUUCUUUCUCAAAGUGCCAACUGUCAGUUACAAACUACAUCCUUGAUCCUUCCCGAUAAUGAGUCUUUCCACGAAAAAGGGGUUCCCAUCCACGAGCUAGUCAAGUUUGACGCUUUUCAAGAUCGCGUGUAUCAUUUUAAAGAUGUCACAGACAAGCUGCAUGGUUCAUUGAUAAUUCAUCUAGAUUCGUUUUUGUGUAUGCUAAAUUGUUGCUGAGGCAAGUUGCAAGCAAUAAUGAGCACCAAGGCAACGACUGUCAGUGCUCAGACCCUGGUGUCGACUGCCGUCCCGGCGGCCAAACUACCGCAGUAUGUGGCUGCUCUCAUUGCCACGAUCGGAGGCUUCUGCCUUGGCACGGUGCUGGGAUGGACGUCUCCGGUGCUGACGUCACUGUCCGACUACUACGGCUUCGAAGUGAACGUGGACUCGCAGGCGUGGAUCGGAUCCAUCAUGGCGAUUGGCGCCAUGGUCGGCUGUCUGCCUAUGAGUUGGAUGCUGGAUACGUUCGGCCGCAAGUCCACCAUCAUCAUCCUCACCGUGCCCACCGUCGCCGCUUGGAUGAUGAUCAUUUUUGCACCCAGUGUGACAGUAAUUUGCAUAGCCAGGUUCAUACUUGGUUUCACCACCGGAGCAUAUGCAGUUGCCGUGCCAUUAUACACCAGCGAAAUAAGUGAGAACGAGAUCCGAGGAACGUUAGGAACAUAUUUUCAACUACAACUUACAAUUGGAAUAACAUCAGCUUACAUUCUGGGAAGUCUGCUACCCAUCUUCUGGAUGACAAUGGUGUGUGGUUGCAUACCGGUUGUGUUGGCCCUGGCUAUGUUGAUCAUCCCCGAGACUCCGACCUACUACUUAAAAAAAUUCAGGGUUGAUGAGGCAAGGAAAGCUUUGCAGUGGUUCCGUGGCAGCCAUUAUGAUGUUGAACCCGAGCUUAUGCUUUUGAAAGCAAAUUUGGAUCAGAUGGAAGCAGAGCGUGUACCUUUCACCCAAGCGUUUGUGACAACACCAGCUAAACGCGGUCUAGUGGUUGGACUCGGUGUCAUGUUCUUCCAACAGUUCAGUGGAGUCAAUGCUGUCAUAUUCUACGCCGAAAGUAUUUUUAAGGCUGCUGGCAGUUCGAUGAGUCCAAGUCUGCAAACAAUUAUAGUUGGUCUGAUUAUGGUUGUGAUGACAUGGGUUGCUACGCUGGCGAUCGACCGUGCCGGCAGAAGACCACUGCUUCUAAUCUCCGCAUCAAUCAUGGCUAUUUGCACUGCGAUUCUCGGUGUUUACUUUUUAUUACUCGAGAAAACUCCAGAUUUCGCAAAAACGAUCGGGUCGGUUCCGAUUGUCAGUUUGUCAAUUUUCAUUAUUGUAUUCUCGUUGGGAUUUGGACCAAUUCCGUGGAUGUUCAUGUCAGAGAUAUUCCCUCCACAGAUCAAGGGACCAGCAUGCUCGAUAGCCUGCUUUUUCAACUGGUUCUCUGUAUUCAUGGUUACAAAAUUCUUCGGUGAUUUGCAAUCGAAGUUUGGAUCGUAUGGAACUUUCUGGAUUUUCUCUGGAAUUUCCAUAGCUGGAACAUUCUUUGUUCUGAAUCUGGUACCUGAGACCAAGGGAAAGUCUAUGGAGGAAAUCCAAAAGGAGCUAGGAGCAACACCUCAAAUGACACCUGAGGAUAGAAUGGAGAAUGGACAGAAACCUGCAAAAUUUUGAGCCAGAACUUUAAAAUAAAUGUUCCUGUGUGAUACUGUGUGAUUCUAUCAAUACUGUAUUGAUAGCCUAGUGAUAGAUGAAUAAUUUGUACCAUAUUUUUAAAUUAUCACAUAAGAUGAAGAGAAUAGUGUAUAGACUUCCCUGUGUACAAAUAAAGUAUUAAUAUCGUAAGUGAGA